CGCAGCCCUCCUCUCGGAUGCGCCCUCCCUCGCAUUCACUUGCAAAUCGCUGUGUGCUGGCAGGAGCCGGCACUUCCAGUCUCUAACCUUCCCAUGGCGAGUGCUGCAGCUCCAUCAGCAGAACCUUUCUCUCCGUGUGAGGAAGGGCUUUCCCCCCUCUUUCCUUUUUUUUCCCCCCUCUUCCUUAAUCAGAAUCACUGAAUGAAAGCCAAUCAGAGGGAGCGAGUUCGCCCCCGUUUUCUUUGGUUCCCUGCCGUCCAGAGUUAAAAGUGACGCUGAGAGAAAGCUUGAGUUAGACCGAAGUAGAAUCAGUGAGAGAAAAUAACAGCAGAAAACAAACAAAAAGGGGACAGGGUGACAAUCUCUUCAGGGUUAUUUGGCUGGAACCAACUUCCGUUUCCCAGAAGCUGAUGAAACAAGCUCUUGGACAUGUGCACAGCAUUAAUGAAAUGUUGGAAGCCAGUUGAGAUCUGAUACCAUAAACAGGACAACAUUUUCAUCAUCUACAGUGGAAUACUUCAAGAAGUGAACUAUGACAGUCUAUCAGUUCUUGAGACUGUUCAUUUUCUGGGCAUUCCUUUCCCCCUUCUGCUCUCCAGAGUUAACGUUCAGAAGGACUCCUGGGCCUGAGAAAAUGACUGGAGAAUCCCGUAUCAGAAAGAAUGAUGGUAAAAUCCUGCACCGUCAAAAACGAGGCUGGAUGUGGAACCAGUUUUUCUUACUGGAAGAGUAUACAGGUUCUGAUUAUCAGUAUGUAGGCAAGCUCCAUUCAGACCAAGAUAAAGGAGAUGGAUCACUGAAAUAUAUUUUAUCUGGAGACGGAGCUGGUACUCUUUUCAUUAUUGAUGAAAAAACAGGUGAUAUUCAUGCCACAAGAAGAAUUGAUAGGGAAGAAAAGGCCUUUUAUACUCUACGUGCACAAGCUAUUAACAGAAGAACUCUGAGGCCAGUAGAACCAGAGUCUGAAUUUGUGAUCAAAAUCCAUGAUAUCAAUGACAAUGAGCCAACAUUCCCAGAAGAAACUUAUACAGCUAGUGUUCCUGAAAUGUCUGUAGUAGGUACUUCUGUGGUGCAAGUCACAGCUACAGAUGCCGAUGACCCUUCAUAUGGAAACAGUGCCAGAGUCAUCUACAGCAUACUUCAAGGGCAGCCUUAUUUCUCUGUGGAGCCAGAAACAGGUAUCAUCAGGACAGCUCUGCCAAACAUGAACAGAGAGAACAGGGAACAAUACCAGGUGGUCAUUCAAGCCAAAGACAUGGGUGGCCAGAUGGGGGGUUUGUCCGGAACCACCACAGUGAACAUCACGCUAACAGAUGUCAAUGACAACCCACCUCGCUUUCCCCAGAACAACAUUCAUCUUCGAGUUCUUGAAUCUUCCCCAGUUGGCACAGCUGUAGGAAGUGUAAAGGCAACCGAUGCUGACACGGGGAAAAACGCUGAAGUAGAUUACCAUAUUAUUGAUGGAGAUGGGACAGAUAUGUUUGACAUUAUAACUGAGAAGGACACACAGGAAGGCAUCAUCACUGUGAAAAAGCCACUUGACUAUGAGAGCCGAAGACUUUACACUCUGAAGGUGGAGGCAGAAAAUACCCAUGUGGAUCCACGUUUUUAUUACCUAGGGCCAUUCAAAGAUACUACAAUGGUGAAAAUCUCCAUAGAAGAUGUGGACGAGCCUCCUAUUUUCAGUAGAUCCUCCUAUCUGUUUGAGGUUCAUGAGGAUAUUGAAGUGGGCACAAUCAUUGGCACUGUAAUGGCAAGAGACCCAGACUCGGCUUCCAGUCCUAUCAGAUUUACUUUGGAUCGCCAUACCGACCUUGACAGGAUCUUUAACAUUCACUCUGGGAAUGGAUCACUUUACACGUCAAAGCCCCUUGAUCGGGAACUAUCUCAAUGGCACAAUCUUACCGUUAUAGCCGCCGAGAUCAAUAAUCCUAAAGAGACAACUCGUGUGUCUGUUUUUGUAAGGAUUUUGGAUGUUAAUGACAAUGCUCCCCAAUUCGCUGUGUUUUAUGACACAUUUGUAUGUGAAAAUGCCAGGCCAGGACAGCUAAUCCAGACCAUAAGUGCAGUUGACAAAGAUGACCCAUUAGGUGGACAGAAGUUUUUCUUCAGUUUGGCUGCUGUCAAUCCCAACUUCACAGUACAAGAUAAUGAAGAUAAUACUGCCAGAAUUUUAACCAGAAAAAAUGGCUUCAACCGUCACGAGAUAAGCACCUAUCUACUGCCGGUGGUGAUAUCUGAUAAUGACUACCCAAUUCAGAGCAGCACUGGCACACUGACCAUCCGUGUGUGUGCCUGUGACAGCCAAGGCAACAUGCAGUCCUGCAGUGCGGAAGCCCUGCUCCUCCCUGCUGGCCUCAGCACUGGCGCUUUGAUAGCCAUUCUUCUCUGCAUCAUUAUUCUACUGGUUAUAGUAGUCCUCUUUGCAGCCCUGAAAAGGCAACGGAAGAAAGAGCCUCUGAUUUUAUCCAAAGAAGACAUCAGAGACAACAUUGUGAGCUAUAACGACGAAGGUGGCGGAGAGGAAGACACGCAGGCCUUUGAUAUUGGUACCCUGAGGAACCCUGCAGCUAUCGAGGAGAAAAAGCUCCGUCGAGAUAUAAUUCCUGAAACCUUAUUUAUACCACGGAGGACUCCUACAGCCCCGGAUAAUACGGAUGUUCGGGAUUUCAUUAACGAGCGGCUCAAAGAGCAUGACCUGGACCCCACUGCACCUCCUUACGACUCUCUGGCUACCUAUGCCUAUGAAGGAAACGACUCCAUUGCUGAAUCCCUGAGCUCAUUAGAAUCAGGUACCACUGAAGGAGACCAAAACUACGAUUACCUCCGAGAAUGGGGACCUCGGUUUAAUAAACUAGCAGAAAUGUAUGGUGGUGGUGAGAGCGACAAAGACGCUUAGUCUGCCACCUGAGUUAUGUUCAACGAGAGAAAGUAACUUAACGGACGUUGUCUCCACUUCACAAUAUUUGAUAUUCAGGAGAAUUUGUUUCCUGCCACUCAGCACAAGUUCCCACUUAUUUCUUAAUUUGUUCAUUAAUUAUAUUAAUUCUUUCCUGUAGGAUGUCUCAUGGAAUAUAUACAAAAUUUUAUUUAAUCACUUCCAAGAGCCAAAGCUAUGGAAAUUCAAUGUUGUCCAUCUUAGUUAAAAAAAAAAAAAAAAAAACCUGAACAGGAUAGUGCUCCCUUAAGCAACCUCACGAACAAGCCGCUUCUCCUAGAUACACGUCUUGCCCUGCAAAUGAAGCUUUGAAAAGACGAAGAAAACAUUUAAGAUAUAUCCUGUUCUGUACAUUAAGUUAAAAAUGUACAUGUGGUGUUAGUAGGUGUGAUAUGCAGCCUGGUAUACAAGCAUUUGUGCAAUUUCAUUUCAUCAAAUUCUAUCUGCUAAUGUUUUAUAUUUAUAUUUUUGUAUUUAUUUUUAAAAAAAAUAAACCAGUUUUUACAACUACUUUGUCUCUAGCUUUUCUUUUCCUUAGGAGCAAAUUCUCCAUAAGUUAUCUUCUUACCAAAUCAAAUUUAAUGCACAUGAGAAGAAAAUCACAUUAUGAGCAAUCUUGAAAGCCCUGACCAAAAUGAUAUCACAGGUAAGGACUGCUCUUCUGCAAUAAUGAUUACAC